CGUUUGCUGAAUGCUGACUGAUAAAGGCGCCUUGUUCGAUCCUUCCGUUACCGUCAGAAGGCCAGCCCCCGAGGCCUGCCUUCUCUUUGUUUUGCUCCAUCAUACCAAAUACCAUGCGAGCAGUACACCCCUGAACUAGGGUUUCAAUCAGCAGUGCUUGGGUUUUAGCUUCCCAAUGCGUCUGCUUUCAAUUUGGGUUGUUGUUUAUCCUUUUACUUUCCUUCGCUGUUGCUAAUUUUUCUUUAGUCCUUUUCCCUCGGCUGGUGCGGGUUCUUUUUCGGAUUGCACUACAUCUUCACUUUCUUCCUCAAUAGAUGCUUUUCUGAUUCCAUCCGUUAGCUAUUUGGCAUUCUAAAGUUCAGGUUUUUAUUUUCUGGGGAAACCAGUCAUUUUCAAUUGGGCAGUGGCACUUCUGUCCAGCUAGAAGCAAUCAAGCCCUAAUUCCAAAAAAAAAAGAAAAAAAAAGAAAAAGGGAAAAAAAAGGAGAAUCUCAUAAGAGGAGCAAAGAUACCCUAAAUCCUGUAAGAUGAAGCGCAAGAAAUGGUCAGAGCUGGAAGAGCAGACCCUUCUCAGCAAGUACUCAGACCUCCUCAACUCUGGAACCCUAUCCAAGCUGAAGACGAGGGAGAAAAAGUUCAAGCCUAUCGCGGACCACGUUAACUCGGUGCAUCACCUUCAGGACCCAAUCAAUUUCCCUUUUAAGUGGUCCUGGCGAGACGUGUCCAUCAAGGUCCAGAACAUGCGGCAUCAGUACCUGGGGGUGAAGCAGAAGAUUAGGGUUUCGGAGGACAAGUUUGAUUGGAAGGAUGGUGAGAACCAUUGGGAGAAUUUCUUGAAGUACAAGGAGGUGUUUGGGGAUGUGGAUCUUGACGCCAAGGGGAAGAGAUUAUGUCAGAAUGUGGAGGUUUAUGAGAAUUGUGGUUGUGGGGAUGAUGAUGAUGUUCUGGGUUUGGAGUUUGGGAUUGAUUGUGAGGAUUUAGAGGAAUGCGGUGAUGAUGAUGAUGGCGGCGGCGGUUGUGAUGGUUCGGGAGAUAAUGUACUGAGUGAUGGUGAGUUUUGCAGUGAGAGGGGAAACGGGGAUGUGGGUUUUCCACGAGGGAGGAAGUUGAAGAAGGGUUUUGAAUGUGGUGGGGAGAAAGUGGAAGAGAAUAGAAGGAGGCUGGGGUUGCUGGGUGCACAAGUUUUGGAGUUGAGGGAUCUGGUGGUGAGGAGGGAGGAGAGGAGGAGGGAAAGAGAGUGGACUAGGGAUAAAGGUGUGGUCGAAGGAGAAGAACUGAAGAGAGCAGCAGAGGUGCAGAGGGAGGCUUGGUGGAGGGAGUUGGAUGAGGGGUUGGACAGGAGGGAAUUGGAGUUGGAAGAGAGGCAGUUGAUGUGGGCAAAGCAGGAAUUUGAGAGGAGGGUGAGGUUAGAAAGGGAAUUCAAUGAAGAGAGGCGGAAGAGAAUGAAGCUGGAGGAGAAGAGGGAGGAGGAGGAGAUGGAGUGGAGGGAGAGGAUGUUGAGCUUACAGAUUGAGCAUGAGAAGCAGAUGAUGCAGUUGCAUGCUGAUGCUUGUCAGAACCAAAUGCAGAUUCUUGGUGUCAUGGCUCGGCUUGUGUGUCAGUUUUUUGGGUCAGCAAAUGAUGGUUUGGGUGGUGGACUGGGGACACUGCCACCUCAGGUUUUGCAGAAUUUGCAGCAUCCAGGAGGAUUGACUGAAGCUGUGAAGCCUGAUCCUAGUUCUCCUUCAGAAUUCUUAUAGAGUCAGCCUCUGGUCUUCUAUUGACAGCUGCUUUAGAGUGUGUAGCUUGUGAAGGAAAAGUUGACCUCUUCCUUCUAAUUGCCAAAGAGGGGCCUCAGGUUUAAGUUGAGGUUAAGAAGUGUAGUACUAAAAGUUGAUGGAAUUGAUCUUUGGGAGUAUUGUUUGGUUGCAAAUGCUGGAUUCUGUCACUGGCAUUAGUUAGAGGUGCAUAUCAAGUAAGGUGUAUGCCAAUUGCUAGACAUCCUAGUCAUGGGAUGGAGGGCGUAGCUGAAUUAUGGACAAUUUUGAAUUUUUUUGGCUGCUAUACCCGAUAGCAAAGUGAAGUAUUUAUUUCACACGACAUAUGAUUGACAUGUGGCUUAUGUUUCCAUAUGCAGCAAGAAAAAAGAAAAAAAAAAAAAAAAAACCUGACACGAGGCAUAUUGGGCAUGCCCUUGUGUCACGAGCUAAGCUUGUUCAGGGCAUUAUGCUUGCCCGUGACCGCUUGCCUCGUGUGUUUAGGAUGGGUUUCCAUCAUAUAAAUACUAGUGUAGGGUUAAUUUCCAGUAUUUAUUUCAUUGUAAGCCAAAUAAUGCAGUAUGACUCCUUGGUCAUUUUGUUGUUUCCUAGUGUCAGAGUAAGAAUAGCCUAGAAAGCUCUUUAGGGGAGGGUGAGUGUUCAUCAGUCAUUAUAAAACUCACUAGCUUUUGUCAACAUGUUUAGCCUACUUGCCUCCCUCGCUAAGCACACUAUGUCAAUGAAGGUAUUGUUAAUGAAUUACGUUUGCUUCAAUGUUUACUGCUUGCUUGCCACGGCUUUCAUGAAUUGAUUACUGUUUCCGCUGCCAUUUGAUUGAAUGCUAAUAUAAGUGUUCCAUGGAUGAAUAUUGGUAAACAAUUGGCUGGCUAGUUAAA